AUUGAUUGGCCACGCUCGAUCAUCUCUGCGCUCUGCUGUGGUUGCCUGCGGGCCCGCCCACCAUCCGCUCAGCGCUCCACAGUCGGCGUGACAGGGCUCCCGGCCUGUGCUAAGAAGCCGGUGUCCACCAUGUCUACUGCCAUGAACUUCGGGACCAAGAGUUUCCAGCCCCGGCCCCCAGAUAAGGGCAGCUUCCCGCUGGACCAUUUCGGUGAAUGUAAAGCUUUUAAAGAAAAAUUCAUGAAGUGUCUUCGUGAUAAUAAUUUUGAAAAUGCUUUGUGUAGAAAUGAAUCAAAAGAAUAUUUGGAAUGCAGAAUGGAGAGGCAACUAAUGGCACAAGAAUCACUGGAAAAGCUGGGAUUUAAAGAUCUAAUGGAUGAAAAAUCAGAAACAAAAAAGAACUUGUAAUGAGAAGAAAACAAUUGAAUUGCUUCUAACAGGAAUCCUCUGUAGUGGUAUAUAUUGUACAUUCUUUCUCUUCUUUAAUUCUUCCUACCAUCUAUAAGAGAUUAAUGUUUGACAUGAUUGAUAUUAAAAUCUUAACUUAGGAAAGGUAUUUUGUUUUAGAGGAUUCUCUUUUUUCAAUAUUCAUUUUGAAUAAGUCAGAGACAAGAAAUCAAAAUGAUGUUACCCUUGUAUUGCUAAUGUCAGUCUAUGGGUAAGAGUCUAAUUCUGACAUGAACCAAAGUUAGGAAAAAUGCUUACUUUCAUAAAGUACAUUUGCUCUUUUAUUGUUGUCAUUUGGUAAAAUAUCUCUUUUUAGAGGCUUUCCUAAAAAAGGUAUGGGAUUGGGGGAGGAUUUUUGUUUUUGCCAAAACAUAGGCCUUUCUUCAUUUCAAUUAUUGGCACAUAAUGUGAAUAUAAGAAUAUAUGUGAUUUGAUAGAAAUGUUUGUAAAUAGAUGGCUUUUAUAUUCUACCAAUGUAUAAUUUUAAUAAGAGUAUUAUGAAUAUUUUUGAUUUAACUAAAUGACUACAAAGUUGUCUAUACAGCUCUUAUCAGAAAAUAAAAAUGCAAUUUGCCUAUGGAAUAUUUUCUUCACUGUUCAGAAAUGUGUAUCUUUUUUGAUUAAAGUGAAAAAAAUACAAAAAGUGAGAAA